ACGGGGUCACCGGCGGGUCAGGCAUCCAAAAGACCUCUCCCUUUUCCCCGGUCCGCCUCUGCUUAUUCCGAUGCAAAUUAUACCGACUUGAAGUCCUCGCCAAAAGUUGAGCCCCAAGACAUCUACUUGAACGUUAAGGACGCAAGCAGUGCACUACUUGAAACGGUCGGCGACUCACUAUCAAUAAACGAAGAAAGUCUUGAACCUCUCACAUCAAAUAAACCAAUAUAUCACAAUCUAAUGACACUUCUGUUGAUGGAAGUGACGCCAGUGAACACCCCAAUGACGAAAAGCAUCCUGGAUACAUUAAAGGACCAUUCCGAUGCUUUGAAGUCUUUUAAUGCGGUCACGUCGCUUGUAAGAAGGGUCUAUAGAGGAAGCUUGAUACAGAUUGCAUCUGUGCUUGGUCUUAGCGAUGACCCACGGAUAAGAGAAGCACUUCAAGCCGAUGAAGAGGACAUUGCGGCUCUACUGCAUUGCGUAUCUCAAUCCGACUCUGACAGAGAGGAGGUUCUAGGGCUUCUGGACGACAAUGCACAAAAUUUCUUAAAUGUUGUUCAAGAUAGGUCUUUCUCCUCGGUGACCUUGCUGAAGGGCUUAAAGCUUGUCGGCUUCUCGUAAACCUCUCAUCGACGUGUUACAAGCUUCCUUCCAAGCUUUUCAUUGAAGGUCUCAAAAUAUCUGAUGCGCAUGCAACAUUCGGUGGAG